AUGUUCGCCCAGCAGAGCUCGCCGGCUCCGAGGAAAGGUGACCUCACAGCCGCGGAGCGGCAGAUGCUACAGGUUAUCGCUGAUGGGGACAUUGAUGCGGCCGCUCUACUGAUGGGGAGGGCAGAUGUGCGGGUCAACUGCCUGGAUGAGACUGGCAUGACGCCGCUGAUGCACUCGGCCUGUAAGGGGCAGGCGGAGAUCUGCAGGCUGCUGCUGCAGCUGGGCGCUGAUGUCAACUGCAACAAGCACGAGUACGGAUACACUGCUCUGAUGUUCGCUGGGCUAUCAGGUAACGCGGAGAUCACGGGGAUGAUUCUGGACGCAGGUGCGGAGACUGACCAGGUGAACUCAGUGGGCCGCACGGCAGCUCAGAUGGCUGCUUUUGUGGGCCAGCAUGACUGUGUGACGAUGAUCAACAACUUCUUCUCGCGGGAGCGUCUGGACUACUACACGAGGCCGCAGGGGCUGGAGCGAGAGCCCAAACUGCCCCCCAAACUGGCCGCCCCCCUCCACAGAAUAAUCAUGACCACCAACCUCAACCCUGUCAAGAUGGUGAUGUUGGUGAAAGAGAGCCCCCUGCUGGCGGAGGUGGGCGCUCUGGAGAAGUGCUACCGCGUGAUGGACCUGCUGUGUGAGCAGUGUGUGAAGCAGCAGGACAUGAACGAGGUGCUGGCCAUGAAGAUGCACUACAUCAGCUGUGUCCUGCAGAAGUGCCUGGCCUUCCUACGCAACGACAAGCUCGACGCCCUGCUCAGGAGCCUGCUGAAAGGGCGGGACGGGGACGGCUUUCCUCAGUAUCAGGAGAAGUUUAUCCGCGACUGCAUCCGGAAGUUUCCGUAUUGCGAGGCCACGCUCCUGCAACAGCUUGUGCACAGCAUUGCUCCAGUGGAGAUUGGCAACGACCCCACGGCGUUCUCGGUUCUAACCCAGGCGCUGACGGGCCAGAUGGUUCUGUUGGACUCAGAGUUCUGUUCCACGUGUGGAGAGAGAGGCGCUGAGAAGAGGUGCUCCUUCUGCAGAAUGGUGGUGUAUUGUGACGAGGCGUGCCAGAGGCUGCACUGGUUCACCCAUAAGAAGAUCUGUAAAGCCCUGAGGCAGCGCAGCAGUGCAACAGACUCGCCCCGCCUACGAGAACUCCCAGACAACGAGGAUGAGGGCUGUGUGACGGAGGAGAGCCCUGUGACGCAGGAGAGCCCUGUGACGGAGGAGAGCAUCUGCUCGCUGCGGGAGCUACACCUGGGCCCUGAGCAAGGUCACUCCUCCACCUCCAUCCGCAACGUCCGUGCCAAUGCUGACGACGAUGACGACGACGAUGAUGAUGAUGAUGACCACCCAAUCACGUGCCCAGCCUUUCCUGCUGACUUCCACUUCUGA